UGUUCGAUCGGGCUACGCCAUUUUUGCGGUUGCAUCAUAUUUUUGGAAAGUGUUUUGACUGUGUCUAGUACGACUGGCCAAGUUUACCUCGUAAACGAGGGUCCAGGCCAUUUAUAGUCGAAGAAAAAGAAGAAGAAGAAGAAGUGGCAGACAGUAGUAAAUAACGAUCGCCUAAUCGGUGGUAACAGACGAAUAAAUUUAAUUAGUGAAUUUACAAUUAUUUGUGAUGCGUAAAAAAAGUUUUCGAUAGUGUUUCUACGUUACAUCAUCAUGUCAAAUAUCGACGAGUAUUACAUAGAGAUUUUGCGACUUGUAAAGCAAGCUGGUUCGAUUGUUAGGGAAAAAAUUUAUCAACGUAAAGAUGUACUUACAAAAUCAUGCGAUGUUGACUUGGUUACGGAGUGGGAUCAAAAAGUGGAAAAACUUUUAAUCGAUGGAAUAUCAUCCAAAUAUCCUGACCACAGGUUUAUUGGCGAAGAAAGCACUUCUUCGGGACAAAAAAUAGAAUUAACGGAUGCUCCAACAUGGAUAAUUGAUCCUAUUGAUGGCACGAUGAAUUUCGUUCAUGGUUUACCAUACACAUGCAUCUCGGUUGCACUGCUUAUUAAUAAAAUAACGGAAAUAGGAAUAGUGUAUAAUCCAAUCUUGGAGCAACUUUUUACUGCUCGCAAAGGUCAGGGCGCUUUUCUCAAUGGUGCCCCGAUUCACGUAUCCAAUGAAAAGGAAUUGCGUAAGGCAUUAAUAAUGGUAGAAAUGGGGACCAGUAGAAAUCGAGAAAAAUUAGAAGUAGUUCUACAAAAUAUAACGAUCCUUACAACAUACGUACACGGAAUACGAUCAUUUGGUGCGGCAGCUCUGAAUAUGUGCAUGGUGGCUCUUGGUGGUGCUGACGCUUCUUUUGAAUUCGGUAUACAUGCGUGGGAUAUUGCGGCCGGAGAUCUUAUUGUUCGAGAAGCUGGCGGUGUGUCAAUAGAUCCAGCUGGAGGCCCAUUUGACGUGAUGAGCAGAAGAACAUUAUGCGCAUCAUCGAUGGAAUUAGCUCGACAACUUUCCAAAAUAUUAGUCCAGUAUUAUCCAGAACGAGAUUAAGAAGCUUAAAAACUUCAUAUGGAAGAUGAAGAAAAAUCAUUGUACGAAUAUCGGAUU